AAAAUGCAAGAAGAAUCAACCACUCCAAUUAAACUAGUUGUUGUAGGUGAUGCUGGUGUUGGCAAAACAUCAACUUUGAUUUCUUACACAGCCAAUUCCUUUCCAAGAGAAUACGUUCCAAGAGUGUACGAUAAUCUAGUUUCAUCCAUGAUGGUAGAUGGAAAAGUCUACAAUAUUUCCUUUUGGGAUACUGCUGGUGCAGUUGACUUUGAGAAAAUCCGAGUUAAAUGUUAUCCAGAAAGUCAUGUCAUUAUUCUAAUGUUUGACGUAACAAAGAAAUCAACAUUUGACUCAAUUGACUCAACCUUCCUUCCAGAAGUGCAAAAGGAAUGUAAACAAGCAAAAUUCCUUCUCGUUGGAAAUAAGAUUGAUAAUUCUCCUCGACAAGUUUCCAAAGAAGAAGCCAAGAAAUAUGCCUCAAGAAAUAGUAUGGAAUAUUUUGAGAUUUCAGCCCAAUCUCAGGAAGGACUGAAGAUCUUGUUUGAUCAGGUUGUGAGAAUUGGUGCACCACUCCUUGUUAAUUCAAAGCAAAGUAAGGGAUCCAGUUCAGAUUCUAAAAAGAAAGGUUGUACAUGUCAAUAAGAUGUUUGUAAAUAAGAAACUAGAAUUUCAAGAAGUGUAUUUAACAACACAACAACAGUAAUUCAAUAAAACUGACCACUCCAAUAAAA